AAGAUUGUUGUUGCCUUAUGUUUGUUUGCAUGUAAGGACAUCAAUACAAAAUUGUCCACUGAGGUAUUUAACAUUAAAAACCAAAUUUAUACGUACUUUCCAAGCAUUUUAUUUUGGGUUUGGUUCAUCGUGUCUCUCUUUAACCACUCCCAUUGAAAAAAUCAUUACAAGAUGACAAAAAAAUUGUUCUCACUUCUAUUUCCGCUUAAAAUGCGGGUAACCAUGUGAUUUGACCAGGGGCUUCUGCAAUUAAGUUAGAUUAAUACUUACAUUCAAACAAACUAACCUAAACCAAAUUUAUAUAUGAUUAAAAAAACUCAAAUUUCUGUCGCUUGCCUAUCGGUUGUUAUAUUUCAUAGAGAAACAUAUUCAAACUUACUGAUUUUGAAGUACAAUUGUUGAUAAAACUUGUUAGAAAUCAAAUUCAUAAUCGACCUCAGAACAUUCAAAUUUAUCAGACAUCCUAACUGUAAUAGCAAUGCAUAUCACUUCAAAUAUAUAUAGUUUUUAUUAAUCGGGUAUGAGGUUUAAAUCUAAGUGAAAUAUCGAUUUUUUAUAUGUAGACCCUUGACCUUUAACCUAUGAUAUGUAGGGUUAUUAUGCAUAUUGCACGUGACCACUAAGCAAAUUAAUUGAGUUAAAUAAUUAGCAUGAUCCCAUUGAAAUAAAAUAUUUGAAUAGCAUGAUGCAAUAUAUGCAUCACAAUUAAAAUAUACUUUUACCAAAUAUUUUACUAUCCAGUCUAUAAUAGAAUUUGUUCUUAAUUUCUAAAUCAAGAUUGGUCACUGUGACAUUCCAGAUUUUUGCAGUAGAUCCAAUGAUCAGUGGCUUCCUUCUAAUUAGGCUUUUAUAAAUAGCCAUCCAUACAUACAACCACAUAUAGAAUAUAAUGUAUACACAUCGUAAAAUAAAAUAAAAAAUCAAAUGUUUGCUAUUUUCCCUCUAAAAUAGAAAAUUAAAUAAUAAAAUUUUAUUCAAAUAUAUUCUUCUAAAACAACAUUCUUCAAAUUAUGGAGUAAAAAUAGAUAUUAUUAUUUAUUUUCCUAAAUAUAGAAGAAGAAAAUAUAAAUGAGAUUGAGUGACUUUAACUCUAAAUAUUAUAUUAAAACAAAAAUAUCAAUGAGUUGAAGAUGCUCUAAGACAAACCAGUGAAUUGGAAUGGUUAUAAGCUGAUUUAACAAGAUAAAAAAGUAAUAGCCAGAAAACAGAUUAAAACACUCAAUUAAGCUUUCUUAAAAUCGGUUUUGAUUUCUUUUAAAGCCAUAUACAAAAAUCUUAUAAAAUCCAACCAAUGUGCCAACCUUUAAUCUAUCUUUGUCACUGAAGCCUACAUAUAAUAUCUUCGGAAAAAGAAAUAAAAAGCCAAAUAGAAGAAAUAAAAGAUACACUAAAAGCAGUUGAAUCAAAAGUGAAGUCUCUCUAUCAGGCUCACUGUCUCUCUAUUUAUAACAGCACUUCACUUCCAUUUCCAAACAACAUCAUCAUCUUUAGACAGAGGCAAAAGAACCAAAAAAAACCCUAAAAUAAAACCUCCUUUCGAAAAACCUAUACCUUCAUCAUCAUGUCAACCUCCAAAACCCUAGAUAAUAACAAACACUUCGAAACAUCCCAAACUCAAAUGGGUUUUGCUCUAAUCAACCAAAACACAACCAACGCAACCACCACUACAAACGGCGAGAGACGAGGCCGGAGAUCAAAGCAAGCAGAGCCAGGGAGGUUCCUAGGAGUCAGGAGACGUCCAUGGGGUCGUUACGCAGCUGAGAUUAGAGAUCCAACAACCAAAGAACGUCACUGGCUCGGCACUUUCGACACUGCUCAUGAGGCUGCUCUUGCCUACGAUAGAGCAGCUCUUUCAAUGAGAGGCACUCAAGGUCGUACUAACUUCGUCUACACUCCAAAUGACGUUCACACCAUCCUCACAAACCCUAAUCUCCACUCUCUCAUAGUCUCUCCUUAUAAUAACCAAUCUUUAUUACCAAACUCUUCUCCACAGUUUGUCAUUGAUCACCAUCCUCAUUAUCAAAACUAUCAUCAACCUAAACUUACUCUCCCCCAAACCGUCUUACCCGCUGGUUCUUUUAAAACGCCGGUUCGUCAUCAAAACGCUGAUGUUCAAGCGUUUGGUACUAGUCCUCAAAACUCGUCUUCUAACGGCUCGUUAUCUUCUUCACUAGACGAAGAAAACAACUUCUUCUCGUUAGAAGGAAGUAACUCCAGUAACAACUCGGGCUACUUGGACUGCAUUGUCCCAAACCAUUGCCUUAAACCACCUCCGGAAACCACCACCAUCCAAAAUCAGACCGGAGCUGGUUUCACAACUCCAGCAAGCAAGGCUUCCGAGUCAUAUGAAGGGUUUAGUAAUAGUUACUUCCAAGAUGUUGACAUGAUGAUGGAGUUUGGUUCGUGUGAUCUCUCUGCCAUGAUCACUAACUAUGGUGUUGGUACUUCCAUGUCAAUGGAAGAUUACGCAAUAAUGGAGCAACAAAACUUUUCUUCUUCUUCUAUCGCUGCUUUUGGAGAUGUUGUUGCAGACACUACAGGCUUCUACUCACUCUAUUAGAACAUUCUUUUUAAUAUUUCUGUUUUUAUAUUUAUGUAAUAAUAUAGUUAGUACUUUACGUUAUUCCAUGGUCGUUUGGUUGUUUAACAACAUGUUUAUCGACUUUAUUAUUAUAUAUAUAUUCUGCUUAUUGUAUCAUGCACCAUAAGGUUCCCUUACCAUGAAGUUUUAAAUUUUCUUUCUUCUUUAUUAAUUUUUUUUUGUAAUUUCUUCAGUAUCAUGGUUUUGAACUUUUGAUUAAUUAGCAAAAGGUGUUAAUGCGAGUUGUAUCAAAGACCACUUUUUGUCCAUGCUAUUUCCAACAUGUACUAUUUAAUUAUGUAUAUAAUAAGUGUGGUGUGUAUAGAAACAAAUGACUUAUUCAUAGUAGAUAUUUAAUUGUAAGUGAAUAAUAUCUAAGAUAUAUACCAGGAUAAUGAGAUUAGUUGCAUAAACUCAGUGCGUAUACGCUCGGUUAUUAUAAACUUUUAAAACAAAAGAAGGUUUGGAAUUAGACUGAAAAUUAUAAUAUAAGAUAUAUAUACGUAUAUAUAUAUAUGGUUUUUGAAAAAAAAAAUAGUUAACUUUAAGAAAAAAAAAUAGUUAAUGUGAUGGACUUAGUGAAGUACCAUGAUGGUGUUUUUGGUCUUUGGACAUGUGUUUUGGUCAUGACUUGUUUGGUCUUUAAUUGCACAAUCACUGUUUCAUGUCUCCCUCCUUUUGCCUAUACUUUUGUGUACAACAACUCAACAUCACAACUCUUUUUCCUUUUUAAAAUCUGUUUCAGGUUUUUGACUUUCUUUCAUUGAACUCAGUUAAUCCCCCUUUCUAAAGUUUAUCAACUUCACUUUAUUUUUUUAAAUCAUCAGACCCAAACAAAGCUGCUAGCUAUACAUAUCAAACAAAUAUAUAAAUAGUCCAUAGAGUGCAAAGAAAAUAACUUACAUAGAGUGCAUAAUAUUUUAAUUUGUAGUUAAGUUCUUCAUACAUCAAUCUAAACAAAAAUGGUUCAUUAUUCUAAAUUAUGGUAGAUCAUCUAAGUGAUAACUCAGGGAAAAAGCAUUUAAUGAUUAUUAUUUUUGUGGGUUGUUGAAAGCUUUUGUUGUGAUGUCUCAGUGACCAAACUCAUGAUUAUGAUUGUUCUGAUUGUUUGAGUAAAACUAGACGCAACGAACAAACCAUACAUGCACAUGUUAUAUCACCAACACAAAGAACCAAGUACGAGAAUUACUGACUUCUACUUCCACAUCAACAGUAAUUUUACUUAUUGUGUACUCCCUUCUGUUCUUAUAUUCAUGAUCAAAAUCGUACGAAUCGAAUGUAGAACAAAUAGAUCGGUUCUGUUCUACCUUUUCGUGCUCUUUCUCUUCUUGUUGCUGUUCUAAAAACAUUUAGUUGGAUUGUUUCAACGACUAUUGCGUUUGGGUUUUACCAUUUAAAAAUAUUUGAAUAUUUUGUUUACUAUUAGAAAGGAAAAGGGCCUUACUAAUGUAUUUGUCAAAUCUUUUUUACAAACUGUAAACGCAAAGUUAAAAAGAAUUUCACAUUCUCUUUAUGUUGUCACUUGUCAUGUAAGUUUAUAAUUUCUUAAAAAAUGUAUGAUAAAAUCAUUGAAAUAUGUACUCUUUUGAAUUACACAAGACCUUAUAAAGUGUAAUUAAAAUCACAAUCAGGCUCUUAUUCCCCAUAUUGGCGUACUCAAUAAUUUUUUUUACACAUGGGAUUUGAAGUAAUCAGAUUUGAAGUAAUCAGAUGAUUUCAUGAACAAUAAGUCCAUUUAUAAAUAAUCAUUUUGAAAAGGUUUUGUUUUACAAGAUAGAAAGAUGGCUGUAUGAAGGAAUCGUAUGAACAUGGUAAGAGAGACCUCAACUAAGAGGAGAGACUUAACACAUAAAACUAGAGCUGCUUUCAUCUCUCUCUGCUUUUGCUUCUUGUUGUUGUCUCCACC